AUCGCCACGCCCAUCCUCGCCGGCGCCGCGCUCGUCGGCGGCGGCCUGCUGGCCAUGACGCUGAUGAAGAGCGGGCCCAAGGCCGCCGGCUCGGGCAAGUGGGCAAAGGGUGGCUUUCAGGGAAAGAUGGACAAGAAGGAGGCAGCCAUGAUUCUCGGCCUGAGAGAAACGGCGCUGACCAAGACGCGCGUCAAGGACGCACACCGGCGCAUGAUGAUUGCCAACCACCCGGACCGCGGAGGCGCGCCGUACCUGGCGAGCAAGAUCAAUGAGGCCAAG